AUGGAAGAACAAGGGUUUCCUUGCGCACACCCGGGCUGCGGCAAGAUUUUCACCCAGGACUGCACUGCCGAGUUCUCCCGCCGCUCAGACCUUCGCAUUCAUCAGCGCACCCACGCCAUGCUGCAUCCCGAAGAACACCGUUGCCCCAUUGCAAGCUGCAAAAAGGCCUUUCUUCGCUCCAGCGACCUCAAGCUGCACAUGCGCAGACACAGCAAUGAUCGCAAGUAUCCAUGUGAUGUCUGCCACAAACUCUUCUACCGACCCUGCGACGUAGCCACGCACAUGCAGCGUUGCCACGGCCCAACUCCCGCCACCUCAGCGCAUUCAUCCACCUCCAGCGCCUCCCCGGAGAGCGUCUCUUCCUGCCCAUCAAAUUCUGCCUCGAUCAUCACCCCCAAACCAGAGCCACAGUGUACACGCCCUGUUCAUGGUGCCCCACAAGACUCGGACCAAAGCCGAUCAUUGGUUCAGCCCAGCAAUGUCGUCCGCCGUACCGGCUCUUGUUGUGGCCAGAGCGCCCCGAGCCCGACUGCGACGGCAGCGCUAGGUGACCGCAGUGCUCGUGCAUCCGCAGGACAAUACACUCCGCCUAGCCUCUGCGCCGCUACCUCAAGCCCUGAUCAAGACGCGCCAACGUCAUUCCUCCCGCCCAAGGACAAUGGCCUUCUCCUGUUAUCUCAAGCCGUUGCCCAUGAGGACCCGCAUCGUUGGCAAGUGUGCCCCUGCGGUGCCAACUGUCGCUGUGCAGAUUGUCGCUGGUGCGUGGACCAGUUCUGA